CCGCUUCUGCUUUCUGCCGACUUUGAGAAAAGAGCUGACUCACUUGCAGACACAGAGCAGGCCUUGUUCUUUGCUGACCCGCUUUUCACCGAAUCACAGGAGACCCUUUCCAUCUCCGUCCAAAGGAAUAUAACUGAACUGGUCUGAGGAGCUCAGGAUGUCUCCCGGGAGUCGAGGAGUUUAAGAAGAUGGAUGAAGCCUGAAUUAUGGAUGAAAAUCAGUGGGCCUCUUGACUGUCUUGCUGUGGGACUUGUUCUAAUUAUUGGAACAUUGAAGGAUCUUGCAAGACAUCUUAAUUGAACCCAUCGACUCGGUUAACGUAUUUGAAAAUUUGUAAAGUCAUUUGAUCUACAGAGUAAUGCACUAAUUUUUUAUCAAGUUCUUGGAUUUUUUAUUGGGAUACAAGUGCUAGAAAAGUUGGAAUGAUGGAUUUUUGACUGAAAUUCUAUAAAUCAUAAAACGGUGUUCUUAAAGGGAAAUUUUGCACAAUGUUAUUUUAGUGCACGCUCCAUUCUCAAGAUGUCAGACCCAAAAGAACUUCAUCAUUUUAGUAGACUGAACGAGAGCCAAUGCAAAAGGAGGCCAAUGAUCAGCCUUGGUGAUGACCUGGAUGACCUGCCGCCUCUACCAUUGAAUGUGCCAAAUCAGCAAUUUUCAGACACGUCAUCUGUGGGUCUACGCGAGUAUAAUGUCGACUCCUCUCACACUCCCUCUUGUGUCGAUUUACCGCUCUCCAGCACUCCUCCAGAGGAGCAAAAGGCCAGUAGGAAGCGGCUGAUGCCCAAAGCUUUGGAUGAUAUCUUCAACAGGUGGAAGAAGAUGGGGAGUACCCAUCCAGAGUCGCUUGAAGAGAACUGCCUGUGUGAUGGAGGUGAGCACACACCACCUCUCAGCCCACUGCUGGACAGGAAGAACCCAAGUAGAGUCAAGCCCAAAGUGAGCUCACAAGCUGAAUCUUUAGGGUCAAGUCAAUCCAAGGAGUGGCCACCCCCCUACACGGACGAGAGGCCGGACAAUUCCAGCCCUCUUAUGUCUAUCAAAGAAACUUUGAAGGAAACAGAGCGGAUGAGCUGGGAUCCAGCUGAUUACCAGGCUGAAAAAGAAGCCAUCUACCAGCUAAAGUACUCCUACUUGAAGUCCUGGCCCGGUCUUCUCCGUCUCUUGGCUGGGAUGCAGCUCCUUUUUGGGGCCAUGGUGUUUGCUUGUGUUUGUGCUUACAUUCAGAAAGACAGCCAGUGGUACAACCUUUUUGGUUACACCCCACCUAAUUAUGGGCUGUAUGGCAAUGGUGGAUACUACUCCUACUAUCGUGGGCCGAUGACCCCAUUUGUGCUUGUGAUCGUAUGCCUCAGCUGGCUGGUGACGGUCAUUUUACUGGUGCUUGGCCUCUCCAUGUACUACAGGACAAUUCUCUUAGAUUCCCACUGGUGGCCCCUCACGGAGUUCAUGAUCAAUCUGGUGAUGUUCCUUUUGUACAUGGCAGCUGGGAUUGUCUACCUGAAUGAUCUGAACCGUGGAGGGGCGUGUUACUCCAGCGUGGGUAUCAAUCCCUUGUUAUCCUCAGUCUGCCGGGUGGAGGGAGGCCAGAUGGCUGCUGUGGCCUUUCUUUUCAUCAACCUCUUGAUGUACCUCCUCAGCUCUAUUGUUUGUCUGAAAAUGUGGCACCAUGAGACAUCGAGAAGACACGAGGAUCUGCCAGACAUUCAGCUUCCUCCUUCUCCAGCCAAGACCAAAUCUAAGAGGAUUGUGUUUGAGGACGAAGUGAACCACGUGGGGACGAUAACCAAGCAGAUUCGAUUCUCAGAGGGCGGAGAAGAUCCCAGAACUCUGAACCAGUCAAUCCCCGCCGGAUACGUGCCUAAGCCACACAUUGUGCCUGACUAUGUUGUGAAGUAUCCAGAAAUCCGUUCUUUGUCGGACCGUGAGCAGUACAAGGCGGUCUUCAAUGACCUCUAUCCCGAAUACAAGGCACUACACGCGGAGGUGCAAGCAACUCUAAAGAAAUUCACUGAACUCGACGCCAUGCUUGUGAAACUGCCACAAAAAUCCAGGAAUUCCCAGGAAUAUCAGAGAGUUCAAAAAGUGGUGAAGAAGUUUAAAAUAAAAAAGAAUGAUCCCACCUUUCUAGAGAAGAAAGAUCGCUGUGACUAUCUGAAGGACAAGCUCGCCCAUAUUAAAGCGAAAAUACAGCAGUUCGAUAAGAAAAUGGCUAAUGACGUGGACUGCGAUUGUGGGACUCCGCCAGGCCUGUCCUCUGUCACCGGCAAGUGUUGGACUCCGCCAGGCCUGUCCUCUGUCACCGGCAAGUGUGGGACCCUGCCGGGCAUGUCCUCUGUAACCGGCGAUUGUGGGACUCCGCCGGGCCUGUCCUCUUUCACCGGCGAUUGUGGGACUCCGCCAGGCCUGUCCUCUUUCACCGGCGAUUGUGGGACUCCGCCAGGCCUGUCCUCUGUCACCGGCGAUUGUGGGACCCUGCCGGGCAUGUCCUCUGUAACCGGCGAUUGUGGGACUCCGCCGGGCCUGUCCUCUUUCACCGGCGAUUGUGGGACUCCGCCAGGCCUGUCCUCUUUCACCGGCGAUUGUGGGACUCCGCCAGGCCUGUCCUCUUUCACCGGCGAUUGUGGGACUCCGCCAGGCCUGUCCUCUGUCACCGGCGAUUGUGGGACUCCGCCAGGCCUGUCCUCUGUCACCGGCGAUUGUGGGACUCCGCCAGGCCUGUCCUCUGUCACCGGCGAUUGUGGGACUCCGCCAGGCCUGUCCUCUGUCACCGGCGAUUGUGGGACUCCGCCAGGCCUGUCCUCUGUCACCGGCGAUUGUGGGACUCCCGCCAGGCUGUCCUCUGUCACCGGCGAUUGUGGGACUCCGCCAGGGCCUGUCCUCUGUCACCGGCGAUUGUGGGACUCCCGCCAGGCCUGUCCUCUGUCACCGGCGAUUGUGGGACUCCGCCAGGCCUGUCCCCUGUCACCGGCGAUUGUGGGACUCCGCCAGGCCUGUCCCCUGUCACCGGUGAUUGUGGGACUCCGCCAGUUCUGUCCUUUGUCACCGGUGAUUGUGGGACUUCAAGCAAAGUUUAGAAAAAUGGCCGAUCUAAAUCCGUUAAUCAUGUACAGCGAGAGGCAGUACAACGGCCCUCAGCCCUAUGGUCCCCCACAAUCGCCCCAGUGGAAUGGCUAUGGCAGCAGGGCCAGCUUUGGACCACCAGCUGACAACUAUGGUGCUCCGUACCCUGCACCAGGCUCCUAUUACAUUGAGGAAAGUCCACAACACUUUUACAAAUGGUCCUCCCCACCAGGAAUCCUGAAGAUUCUGGAAUCUGUCCUUAUCCUCUUGUGUGUGGCCAUAUUUGCUUGUGUCGCUUCCACGCUGGCCUGGGACAUGGACUAUACCUAUGGUGGAUUAGGAGGCCUAAACUAUGGUGGCAUGGGCUAUGGUGGGAUGGGAGGUUAUGGAUAUGGUGGGUAUGGUGGGUAUGGUGGUUAUGGUGGCUAUGGCUAUUAUGGAGCUUAUACAAGCCCCCAAGCUGCCAAGGGCUUUAUGAUUGCAAUGGCUGCAGUCACUUUUAUCAGUGCCAUGGCCAUCUUCGUGGUCAGUGUGUCCAAGUCACAAAGUGCACGUGGCCGCAAGUUCUACCUCCUAGUGAUUAUUUUCAGUGCUCUGCUGGCAGGAAUGCAGCUCAUCGCCACCAUUGUCUACAUCAUGGGAGUCAACCCCACCGCUCAGGGUAGUGGAUCAAUGUACUACAACCAGAUCCUUAUGAUGUGCAGCACGGUGUACAACGGUGGAGCCUUGGUCAAUCAGUACUUAUACCACUAUUGCGUGGUGGAGCCACAGGAGGCUGUGGCCAUUGUCUGUGGUUUCUUGGUGGCCAUCCUCCAAGGGGUCAUCUGCUUCUUUGCCCAUAAAACCCGCAGCAAAAUCUGGCGCCACGGCAAGCCCAACAUUUACUGGGACAAGCCCCUGUCGCAGCAGCUGGGCGAGGGCCACGACGUCGAGGAGUGGGUGAACAAUGUCGACCCAAGCACCCGUGCGGAGACGGCCACCUUGGUCUACUCGGAGAAGCCAACUUCACCAGUCGACUUGCUCAAGAGCGCCACCUCCUACCCGACCAACCCAAGCAGCUACUUCAGUUCAGAUACUUACACCGACAAUGUGGAUCCAGCCAGCACUCCAAAAGACCCACCACCUGAAUACCCUGGUGAGACCCUCGUCUCCAGCCCCUCAGAUCAGGAAGGAGUGCGGCGCCCUGCAGCAAAACGUGGGAAGAGACGACGGAAGAACCCUGAACUGGAUGAAUCCCAGUAUGAAACCGACUAUACGACUGGAAUGGAUACCGGGGAUGAGCUUAACCAGGAAGACUGGUACAGCCUCUAUCCCCCGCUUAUGUCUGAUGUGAAGAGGCAGGAGUACAAACGCGAGUUCGACUCGGACCUCAAGGAGUACAAGAAGAUGUGUGCUGAGAUGGAUGACAUCAAUGACCAGAUCAACCAGUUAAGCAAGCAGCUCGACCGACUUCAAGAAGGUACCAUCCAGUACCAGGGAGUGGCGGAGGAGUACAACCGCCUGAAGGAUCUCAAACGGACUCCAGAAUACCAAACCAAGAAACUCCAGUGCAGAGAGCUGAGGACCAAGCUCUUUCAUAUCAAACGCAUGGUGGCUGACUACGACAAGCAGAGGCCGUAGCAGUGCUGGCAUCCAAGAGACUGGCAGAGAAACUCCAUGGUGGUUCGUGAAGACCCAAUUUUCUGAAGUUGUGGUGUUUCCGCUCUGCAAGCUUCACACAAGCAGUUGGAAAUUAUUCUUGCAGUGCUCUUCUGCUUUUUGAAAUCCAGAUCCAUCCAUUACUCUUACUUUUUUCGGUAUAGUCUACACAUCCUGUUGGAAAAAUCGAUGGAAGUGUCUUCUUCUCUCCCUCAAAUUGUACCUAAGCUCAGUUAUUUCUACUCUUAACUGAUUAAAUGACACAAUGUUAAUUAUUCAGUUUGGGUAAUAAUAAGAAGACAUCCACAGUUCAGAUGAGCUUCUCCAAGGCUGCUCAGGAGUUUUCAUGAAGGCCUGAACAUCACCGUUUGUUGGGUAUCCUUGGAAAGGUCGGGAGGCAGAGCUCAAACGUUUUCACUUGUGAUUUGUUUGUUAACAUGGGGGGCUCUCUGACAUGGAGUUGUGCAGUGGCGUUUUAUAUUUGUAUAUGGUUUUCUUCUACAUCUUGAAUCUAUGCCAUAGGUAUAUAUGUAAAUGGGGAAAGUACUGUCAUGGAGUCACCAUGGCUUUACACAUUUUUAGGCAUCUGUGAACAUGAUUUGGCUUCCUUCAGAGUGAUGUCAGGAUGACAGUCUGUUGUCAUGAUGAGUCAAACUAAACCUGUGAGAUGUUAGAAUUCAGUUUUGCUCCACUAGAUUUUGCUCCUCAGAGAUAACUCAAUAUCCCAUGAGUAUAUAAUAUAUAGAGAGUCUCCCUCUCUUUGCCAAAUCCAUAUAUGAUAUUCAUUUUCCAAAGUAACUUCAGUAUAAAAAUAAUCUGAAUGGUCAAAGCUCCCUAGUUGACAGGGUUGGAGCUCCCAUCAAUAGCAAUGUCUUAAGUGAUCCUUGGCGGAGAUCCAUCACAUACGGGUGCUAAAAGCCAUCUGAAGGGUACAUUGACCUCGUCUGUCUUUUGGAUGGCCUAAGGAACAUGAGACAAUAAGUGACAUCCUUCUUUUUUAGAAGUGUUGUCACCUGCAUGUCCGACUAGCAAGCACCAUGUCGCCACUCACCGACACCAUGAUGAACAGAAUGUACAGUAUCAAAAUACAGACCUUAAGGGGCGUGGCUUCUUUCCGUUCACUUCGGUGGACCUUUUUGGGCGGAGCUUCUCUUUGCAUUUUUUUUGGCCUUCUCCUGAAAUGAAAGAGUGUAUUAAAUAGAAGGAAAGUAUUGUAAUGGAUUUUUCUAUUUCAUUCCAUUAUUUACUGUGGUCUUAGAAAAUUUGUGAACCUUUUCAAAUUUUCUCGAUUAAUGCACAAAUGUCGCCUAAAAUGUGAUCAGAUUUUUGCAUCAGUCCUAAAAUUAGAUGAAGAUAUCCCACUUAAACAAAUGACACAAAAAUUCUUGUUCAUUUAUUUAUUGAGGAAAAUGUUCCAAUGUUGCGGAUUUGUAUGUGAAAAAGUAUGUGCACCUUUGUUUUCAGUAACUGGUGUCACCCCCAUUGCUGUGGCUAGUAAGUCCUGCUCAUCAGCUUGGAGUAAUUUUAGAAGAAGUAUGAUGUCGUUGGGCUUCCUUGUACAAACCGCUUGCUUCAGGUCCUUCCAAAACGUUUCUUUAAGAUUAAAGUCAGGACUUUGACAUGGCCACUCCUAAACCACUACACGAGGCAGUUUGGUGGACUUCAAACCUUGAGGUUAUGGGUUCAUUUUACUUAUUUGGCUGUCGUCAUUAUCCAAGGCGACUUACAACAUUUAUGAUUCAAUUAGUUCCAUUUGGUUUGGUUUUCCUGUUGGAGCGCAGGCAGGUGAAGUGACUCGCUCAGGACCACACAGGUGUCAGUUUGGGAUUUGAAUCCACAACCACAAGGUUUGAAGUCCAAAGCCUUAACCCACUAUAUCACACUAUCCUUCACCGACAUCAAGUGAACACGAGCAAGUCACUUCACCUGCCUGCGCUCCAUUUGGAAAAACAAGAAGAAAUGCAACUAAUUGUAUUUCAGAUGUGAUAAGUCACCUUGGAUAAAUACGUUAAUAAUAAUAUUAAUUUUUUUACGCAUUAACUAUUUUUCAGUACCGGGAUUCCCAUACUCGGUCCUGGGGACCCACUGUGGCUGCAGGUUUUUGUUCUGACCAGCUUUUGUUUUUAAUUGGACUCCUGGGCUAAUAAUUAAGUGAUGUGGUAUUUCCCAGAUUUUGUGUUUUUGGGAAUAAUAUAGA